UCACUCUGACACCUCCUAUAUUUCAAUCGCAACAACCAACGCAGCAACACCACACCGAGCAGCUGUGUUUUUGUCCUAGAGUUCAAAGAGAGAGUGAAAGAGGCCACAAUGAAGACCCAAAUUCGUUUCGGGUUCUCCAUACCAUUCUUUGCAGUUUGUUUUCUGGUUGGUGCCAUUUCCACAGUGAAUGGUGACUACUGUGAGAUAAACGUCUGCAGUAAUGGGGGGACCUGUGUGACCGGGGCCGGAGCACCCUUCAUCUGUAUCUGCCCCGACGGAUACACCGGGGACACCUGCAACGACACAGAGGCUGGGCCCUGCAACCCCAACCCCUGCAAGAACGAUGCCAUCUGUGAGGUGACUGGACAGUCACGCCGAGGGGACGUCUUCAGCGAAUACAUCUGCAAGUGCCAAGAUGGCUUUGACGGAGUCCACUGCCAGAAUAAUGUGAAUGACUGUUCCGGCCAGCCGUGCAAGAACGGUGGCUCCUGCAGGGACCUAAAUGGAGACUUCAACUGCCGCUGUCCGUCCCCCUACGUGGGCAAGCACUGCCAACUGCGCUGUAUCUCUCUGUUGGGCAUGGAGGGCGGAGGCAUUGCAGAGUCUCAGAUCUCAGCCUCGUCGGUGCACUACGGCAUCCUGGGCCUGCAGCGCUGGGGGCCCGAGCUGGCCCGGCUCCACAACAAAGGCCUGGUAAAUGCCUGGACCUCUGCCUCCCACGAUAGGAACCCAUGGAUAGAGAUAAACAUGCAGAGGAAGAUGCGUUUUACGGGCAUCGUGACACAGGGCGCCAGCCGCAUGGGGUCAGCAGAGUUCAUCAAGGCCUUCAAAGUGGCAUCGAGUCUGGAUGGGAGGACCUACACCGUGUACCGCCUGGACGGACAGAAGAAGGACAAUGUGUUUGUGGGGAACGUGGACAACGACAGCACCAAGACCAACCUGUUUGACCCUCCCGUCAUCGGCCAGUACUUCCGCAUCAUCCCCGUGGUCUGCCGCAAGGCCUGCACCCUGCGCAUGGAGCUGGUGGGCUGUGAGCUCAAUGUGUAUUCAAACAUGGCAGGUUGCUCUGAGCCCAUGGGCAUGAAGUCGCGCCUGCUCUCCGACCGCCAGAUCUCGGCCUCCAGCGUCCACCGCACUUGGGGCAUUGAGGCAUUCACCUGGCAGUCCCACUACGCCCGGCUGGACAAGCAGGGCAAGACCAACGCCUGGACAGCGGCCACCACCAACCGCUCCGAGUGGCUGCAGGUGGACCUGGAGUCCCCCAAGAGGAUCACCGGCAUCAUUACCCAGGGGGCCAAGGACUUUGGGGUAGUCCAGUUUGUUUCUGCCUUCAAGGUGGCCUACAGCGACGACGGCCAGUCCUGGAGCAUAGUCAAGGACAACGUCACCAGCACAGACAAGAUCUUCCCGGGUAACAGCGACAACAACGUCCACAAAAAGAAUGUGUUCGAGCCACCCUUCUAUGCCCGAUUUGUCCGCAUCCUACCGUGGGCGUGGCACGAGCGCAUCACCCUGCGAAUGGAGCUGUUGGGCUGCGAUGAGUAGCCCCGUCCUCGCCCAAAUCUCCUCCUCUUUCCCCGCCCCUCCUCCUCUUUCUCCUCCUCCUUUCCAAACCCUCCUGAGCCACGCCUGCACUGCCUUGCUCCCACCCGUAGAUGGCAGCAAAACACCACGCCACCACCACAACCCUGCCCCGACUGGAGAAGGUACAAAAUUGCCCCUAACCACUGAUCUAGGAUCAGAUCUUGCUUCACCCACCUAAUAGUUACAGGUAGGAUUAGAUAGGGGUAAUCUGAUCCUAGGUCUGUGUCAGCCGGAACUACAUGGACUCUGAACCUGUCCUUCCUAGAACAGGGCCCGUAUUCAGCAUUUUAGAGUAGGAGUGCUGAUAUAGGAUCCGGUCACCCCUCUUAUUAAUAAUUAUUAUUUAAAGGCAAAACUGAUCCUAGAUCAGCACUGCUACUGUGAGACGCUUUAUGAAUAUGGUCACAGAAGACUGAACCUGAAACCCAUCGCUAGUGAUGUACAAUACAGUAGUAGCUAACUUGGCUGAGAUGUUUUUCACCUGACCAUCCAGAGACACUGAAGUGCGUAGUAGUGUUAUUAUCGAACACCCUCGUGUAGUCUUAUCUCCUAGCCAUUUCCUUGAUUCUGCAGUGCUCUGGAAGAGAUGCUUUUUGCGAAAGUUUUUGUUUGUGUUAUAUUUAGUUGGGCUUCUUAAUCAGGUAUAUUCAAAGCCCAAAAUAGUUCAAUGCAAUUUUAGUUUAUUAUUUUUUGCCAAAGGGAAUCUAAAAGUGCAGUAAUACUCCUACAGUGUGUGGUGUUGUUCUAUAACUCGAUUUACUCUGAUUGUGAUGUCUGUCCUAUCAUCAUUUUAUAAAUGAAUGCACUGUG